UGUACACUGAAUAAAUACACUCGUAGAUUUCCUAGAAAUAACACUGACAUGACAUUGUGGGUGCGAUUUGGUGUGAGCCUCCCUUCUGUUAGACUUAUUUUGUCAUUACCAAAAGACAAUGGUUCCACAUAAAGAAUAGAAGAGUGGGCGGAGCCACUGAGCUUCGAGUCGUCCAGCGAACCUCGCACCGUCUGUUUUCUUUUACGUCCGCCGAGCACACAUAAUAACACGGCUCCGUGGGCUUGAACUUCAUUCGACUUUGCUCGUUCAAAGAAGAAACCGUAACCAUGAGUGGAAGGGGCAAGGGUGGCAAAGGACUCGGUAAAGGAGGCGCCAAGCGUCACCGUAAAGUUCUCCGUGAUAACAUCCAGGGCAUCACCAAACCCGCUAUCCGCCGUCUGGCUCGCCGUGGCGGAGUCAAGCGUAUCUCCGGUCUGAUCUACGAGGAAACCCGCGGUGUGCUGAAGGUGUUCCUGGAGAACGUCAUCCGUGACGCCGUCACCUAUACUGAGCACGCCAAGAGGAAGACUGUGACCGCCAUGGAUGUGGUUUAUGCUCUGAAGAGGCAGGGCCGCACUCUGUACGGCUUUGGCGGUUAAAUUGAAUCGCCCUAAUCCAUCAAACGGCUCUUUUAAGAGCCACACACCUCACUUUAAGAGCCUUGUUCUGGGAUGAUGUUACUUUUCUCAAGUCUUGGACGAAGUCCUGCAAAUAUUAUCUGCCAGUAUUUCCCCACCAACUUCGGAAGUAGUGUUAUAUCUUCACAAACAAUUACCGACUGACAUUCCCACAUUGUAUUGACUCUUCUUUUUGCUAUAGGCUGUCAGAUUCAGGUGUUUGUAAUGUGUGCUUUUCUUCACAACAUCACCACAAACUGAACUAUAGAAAACUCAACUUCAGAGGUUACAGACUUAUUCAAUAUCAGUCUUUAUUAAUACUCACUGAACAGUCAUACACCAAACAAAAGAAAAAUGAUCGAUUUCACUCAUUCAUCAGUUUAUUUGUAAAUGUCUUCCUGACACAAAUCCGCUUGAAGCACAAGUGCUUACUUAGUAGUUUCUUUUUACAUAACCAACCCACCUUUGAUCUAGUAAAAGGUGGACAUGAGUGGAUGAAGCCCUACGAAGCUUUUGAAACCUCUUCCUGAUGUGUGCCUGAAAUAUCAUUUUCACCAAUCAUAUCAAUGUAACAAUUUUGAUGUGUGAUCUUCCUUUCUGACAGGCUUACUCAGUCUCACAAUCCUGACAUAACCUUCAUACAAGGAAAAUUAUCUAAGAAAUGUUUUAGUACCCAGAUUAUAAGCACUUGAAAUGCAACAUGUCUGUUUAAACUGCAAACAAAGUAUCAAAGGCAACUGUAAAUGCUCUGUGAUGAAACGACCCACAUCGCAAACAAGACGUUUUGCCAGGUUAUCUAUGUUUAGUUGAUGUGCUUCCAGGUAAAAAAUAAAAUA